UGCAGUCGCGCAGUCGCAGUGUGCAGUGAUGCGUGUAGCAGUGAUAGGGGCCGGAGCAUCAGGACUUUGUGUCGCUCGUCAUCUCACUGUAAACAGCAACUUUUCAUAUGUUGUGUAUGAGCAGACAGGAAAUGUCGGAGGUACCUGGGUAUACACUGAGGCUACCGGCUCUGAUGAUUAUGGGUUACCGGUUGCCUCGGCCAUGUACAAAAAUUUGAGGACGAAUUUACCUACUAAAACCAUGGAAUUUCCAGAUUACCCAUUCCAUAAUAAAAAUUCAUUUGCAGCUGGACGAGAAGUUUUACAAUAUCUGGAAGAUUAUAGCAACCACUAUGAGUUGCAGAAUUACAUUAAGUUUUUCCACCAUGUUAAACAAGUAAAACCCAAAGAUGGGAAAUGGGAGUUGCUAAUUGUUGAUCUUCCGAAUAACCGAGAAUUUAUUGAUCAAUGUGAUGCUGUCGCUGUUUGCAUCGGACACUAUAGUGUUCCAAGAGUGGGGGCUUUUCCGGGACUUGAGAGUUUCCAAGGAAUCGUUCAACACAGCCACUCUUACAGGACUCCUGAACGGUUCACUAACAAGACCGUGCUCGUCUGUGGGGGUGGACCUUCUGGAGUAGACAUCUCCUUUGACCUCGCAAAGUUCGCUUCCAAGGUGUACUUCAGCCAUCGAGAAGUCAAGAAAGGCGUGUAUCCUGAUAAUGUUGAGGAGGUUCCAGUUGUCAAAGAGGUUCUCAGUGAUCACGUUGUCUUUCAAGAUGGUGCAGCUUCUGGACGUAUCGAUGCUAUUCUUAUAUGUACAGGUUACAACUACUCGUUCCCGUUUCUCUCUCCUGAAUGUGGCAUCACUGUUGUUGAUGGGAGAUAUGUUGAGCCACUCUACAAUCAUCUUAUCAACAUCAAUCAUCCCACAAUGGCUUUCAUCGGCAUUCCUUUCAGGACAUUCAUUUUCCCAAUGUUCCAUCAACAGGUCAAGUUCUUUUUAAAAUCACUGAGCGGCACGUUCCAACUACCAAGUCGAGAUGAAAUGAUGGCUGAACUGGAAGAAUAUGUAAGGAAAAAACAAGACCGUGGAAUACCUCUUAAGUUUUAUCAUGAAAUCCAUGACGAGGUCAGAACUUACAUACAGCGGCUUGAGUCGAUGGCAUCAUUAGAACCUCUUUCUCCCAUCUACUUCAAUAUAUUCUACGCAACAACUGAACUUCGGAAAAAAUACCUGGAUUGUUACAGAGAGGCUAAUUUUGAAGUGGUCGAUGACUUUUAUUUCAAAAUCUCUGGAGUACCAGUUGAUAAGGAAGAGCUGAUUAGUAAUAAAUACCAUAUUAGACCUGUUAGUAGUAAUUUGUAAGUCAUCUCUGUGAUGGAGCAUGUAUUAAGGAUAGUGAAAUAGACAUUCCAUCUAAACUUCUAAACGAGCUGUAGCUGAAACAUCUUAUCUUAUCUAACAGGGGCAGGUCGAGACCUUAAAGCACUUCAUCCGAAAUCGAAUUAUUGCCAGACAAUUGCUUUUUUUGUUGACCUACAAGUUAAGGCGCCCAAUGAAUGCCUGUAGCUUCCCAAUUAGUUCAUCCUCAGGAAGAUGUCUACCUCUAGCCAUAUUUCCAAGAGUUAUCAAUCUAGCGUCAGAGAGCUCGUUACAAUCAAAGAGUAAGUGAUCAGCUGUCUCUUCUGACCUAUCACAGUACCUACAGAUCGGUUCACCAUCAUAUAAGCCCAUCCGUUGUAGAUGUUUCCUGAAUCUCCCAUGACCAGUUAUCAGUUCAACAGUUAAUUUAAUUCUUCGUCUGUCUAGUCUCAAGAGGUCAGAGGCGACCUUUUUGGAAGGCCUAAACAGAGUAAGCUUGCUGACCCUAAGAAGGGGAACAUCGACCCAGCGUUUGCGUUGCUUUUCCUUGGCCCAUGGCGCAAUCGCAGAACAUGCACUGUUUCGUGAGAUGCCACAGAAGGAUUGUGGGCCUAUCAUUGUUGUAGCAGAGGCAGUAUUUGCCAAUCUAUCUGCAGCUUCAUUACCUUUUAUGCCUGAGCGUCCGGGCACCCAGCAAAGCGUAAGGUCAUUUCUCCUACCCAACUCAGACACAGAAGCAAGAAAGUCCCACACGAGCCUGGAGUUGAAUUCGUAAGAGUUUAGUGCUUUUAAGGUCGCUUUACUAUCAGUAUAGAUAUUGAUUGUUUGUCUCUGAUAUUUUUGUUAAGAUGUUCUCGAGCACAAACCAGAAUGCCAGUGCCUCCAUUUAUACAAUGCCCACCUGCUCCAGUGCCCCCAUUUUUUAUCUUAGAACCAUCAGUGUAGCAUUCUAAAUCACCUGUGGGUAUGAGUCCUUUUCCGCCAGACCAAUCCUUCCUAUCUGCAGUGGCGUAGCCAAGGGGGGGGGGGGGGUUUUGGGGGUCAUAACCCCCCCCCUUGACAAAAGGAUUUUGCCGUGAUUGUGAAAGAUAUUUAGGAUUUUGACCAUAAAAACUCCUAAUACUGUAUAAAUGAACAUUAUUGUGAUGAUUAAUUUGCUUUUCACAUAAUAAAAAUACAAUUACAGUAGUAUUGCACAAUCAUGAUAAGUUGUCAUUAACCUUGGUUAGUAAUACAGUAUAAACUAGCGUUUAAAACCACACCUAACUCAAACAAAAAAUAAAAAACCGUACAGCAAUAAAUCACGUAAAGAACAGAACAAUAGAAAGUCUAGUAAGUUAUACUGCUACUUAAUUUGUAAGUAUUGUUAGCCUACUUGUAGUAAGUAGGGUACUGAUACGACCUGUUUUUAAACGGAAUAAUGUCGAUAAAAUAUUAAUAACUAUAUAACUCAUAAAAAAGUAUAAAAUUAUAGUACCGUAACCUUUUUAAAGAUUAUAACAUAACAACACUAAUAGUAAGAUGAAGGUAGAACAAUUAAUGACAUAAAAACAUUGCUUACUCAUUCUCUUAGAUUGUCUAUUCUUUCUUUUUAUCCACACAUUUAUUAAGUUUCCUUGGUUACUGAUCAGUAAUUACCCAGUCACAAGCAUUAUGGUCAACCAUUGUGACAUAGUGAACAGCAGACAGACAGUGAUGUGUUUUGUACUAGGCCGGUUUCACACGAGCCACAAAGCGCCCGACAAUCGCGAAACGCCGUUUCUGACUGUGAAUGGCGCGCUUGUCGCGCGAGAAUCGCAACCUGGCGCAGAAAAGAAGAGCCCCAUUCACUUAACAUUGGAACGCGGCGUGCCUUUCACACGAAGUGGCGUCUUUUUGCGUUUAAGGCUAGAACGCGUUGCAAUCGCAUGCAGUGGCUCUGUUCUCGACAAUUUUGGCGUUUGUAGCUGGUUAUUGCCACUCAGACAGUCAAAACAACCAGUCACCCUGUUUUGUUAAGAUUUUUUUUUACUUUUAUAACAUUAAGUUAUAUCUGACUUUGACACAGACCGUUUUAUCGUAGAAGUAGGGUGUAGGCCAGUGUUGUGGGACCAAGAAUGUAUAGAUUACUCAAAUAAUUACUCUAUGACGUCGUACCGCAUGAAGAAGCAUUAUAAAAAAUAAGUCUUCUUUAUCGCCCAUUGUAGCACUGAACUGCGCUUGUAGUCUUUCCAAGCGGACUGGUGUUUUGGUUUAAAUUUCAGGGAGGUGCGGUAUGAAAUGGCGAUAAACUGAUGGAAAUCGUGGAAUCAUGUUUUUGCCAUCUGAAAGGUCCCACGCGAUUGAGCGCUGCCAGUGGCGCGUUUCUGCCGACGAUUGUGGCUCGUGUGAAACCGGCCUAAGGAGCAGACGUCUGUCAGUGCCGUGCAAGCGCAUAGCUUGACCUUGAAGCUAUCGACCGAUACUUCAUCGUUAUGCUUCCAUUUUAAUUUUGUCAAAUAAACAACUGUGAUGUUUCCAAAUCAAUAAUCUGGAAAACUACUGCAUACAAAUAAUGGUCGAAAAAUGUUUAGCCUAAAUAUUUUUAACACAAUUUAUAACUUUUCUUGCGAAUUUCAAAUGGAUAAUGAGGUUAGGUAACAUAAUUUUAGAGGCAUCUUUAGGUUAUUGACCAUAGUUGAUCCACCGCCUGGUUAAAGUUUUUAGUAAUAGACAAUACAUAACGUACUGAAUAAACUGGACCUGGUUAUGCUUAGUUCUCAAGUGGAACUGUGCAUAUGAAGAACGUUGAAAAAUAAAAUGUAUUAGAGGGUGCAAAUAACAAAUCUACUACUAACUGUACCUAAUUACAUUUUUAAAUGACAUCUUACACUUGAUUUUUAAAUUUUAUUUGUUAUUUAGUUAUUAGUUAUUAGCUAUUACCCAUUAGUUAUUUUUUAAAUUAUUUAUUUCAUAGGUUACAGCUGCGGCCCUCAAACCCCCCUCCAUAUCAGCUAUGUGAAAACCCUUUGACACAAUCCUGGCUACGCUACUGCCUAUCUGGUAUUAGUACUUUGAAAGGCUUUCCAAAGGAGUAUUUUUUGGACAUGUGGUCUGAAGGCAAGUCCAAUUCAUCAUUAUGUACCACCUGAACAAUUUUGGAGUGCUCUUUAUUGUUUCCUGAGGUGUUAGCUGAAACAUAAUUAAACCCAUUACAGAGUGAGCUAAUAAAGCUCUAUUUUCUCUUUCGGUUUUUUCAUACCUUAAUAGUUAUUACUUGGAUGCUUUUCACAAUAGAUUGCCAUUUGAAUUUGUCAUGAUCAAACAUAGGCAAUAAUGUAAGAAAACAGUGUUUUAUCUGCUUUUGGCAGCUCAAUUGACCCAAGUUCUUUAUACUGAACAUGGAAACAACGCUGACCUUGAAUGGAGUGUCCACUACACACCAAUAUAAAGGGUAGUUAUAGCAAUUUCUUAAUGUUUAAGGGUUAUAUUAAACUGACUACCUCACUGUAAAAUGAGCAACUGAACACAAAAUAGGAUAAUUUUUUAAAUGGUAUAAUAUCGCAAAUAAUUUGUAGCCUGUAUCUUCAAGAUAUUUUAUUUAAGUCUGCAAAGGUGUAAAAAGCAAUAUUUUUCUCCACAUUUUUUUUAUAAGCUUAUUGACACCUUCACAUCGUUGUAACAACUAAUUAAUGUUAUUGACCACUUUUGAUUAUUUUCUUACGUUAUCGCAGUACCUUAUUUAUCAAAUCUCUGUGUGGAAUGGGAUAACAACUAGAUGCUCUGUAACGUAAGAUUUUAAAACGUUACAUACUAUUGUUUCUGAUAUUUUGUUUUCCAUAACUUUAUAUUGUUAUUCUGAUGUGAUAUUAUAGUUCAAAGUUACAUUGUAUAUCAACAUUUUAUGUAAUAUAUUAUUGUUAUCUAUGUCGGGGUGAGGGAUGUAUAUUUUUAUACCUUUGAUGAAAAUCAAACAUUAAUUGUGAUAUGCAAACGUUCAUAUUUUAAUUUUACAUUUGUGGAAGCAUAAUAAAUAUAUUAUUUUUGUUUUUA